UUUGUUUUAUAAAACGCUAAAAGACGUUUUCUAAACGCUCGAUUCGAGCGGAAUGGCGAUGUUAUAGACGAGAUGGACGAUUUUAGAAACGAUAAUAUUAUAUUGUGUAUCUCUAUGUUAUGAAGUAAUAAUAAGUAUAAUGAAUACUAAAAACUACGAAAACUCAUUAAAGUUUCCAUACCCUAAAAGGCUUAAACCAUCAUCACGUAACGCGCCCCACGAUAUACGAUUAUGUGCUGAGCGUUGUACAAACAUCGUAGUAUUCACUGAGUUGAAUGGUCGAAUGACGUCGAAACAGACUUAGCGGGGUAUUAUAGCGGAAUAAUCAAAAACACGGUAAUAUGGGCACGAGAGUGGCAGCAGCGCAUUUCUCCGAUAAGACGUUCGCUGGGGUGCCACAGCUGCUAGAAGAUCUUCAAAAAUUGGCCGACGAUCAUGAAUCAGCCGAUAUCGUAUUUCUUAUUGGUCGAGAAGAAGUGCCCGUUUAUGCCCAUCGAAAUCUAAUGACGAGGUGCAAAAGCUUCCAAUCGGUUAAGCGGAGUGAAAUAUGUCGCAUACCCGGUUGUUCCGUUUCACCUUCCGCCCCCGGAACGCCAACCCCUAUCCGGUUACCUCAGUUCCAGGGUGAAACUUUCAAACAGUUCAUUAAUUACGUAUACACGGGCAAGAUCGUUUUACAAGAUAGCGGGGUUUUCGAAAUGCUCACGUUGGCUCAAGAACUGGGUGUAGAAGACUUGCAAAACAGUUGUGAAGAGCACGUAACUUCGACCAUGUCCGUGUUAAACGCUUGUACGUUUUUGGCUGCGGCGAUGGAUAUACAAGACAGAGCUUCCACAGGUGGAAAGGGUGCAAAGUCGUUUGUUGAUCGAUGCGUAUCGUUUGUGGGCGAGAAUGCGGCAAAAUGCGUGAAAACUAACUCAUUCCUGAACCUACCCAAAGAAUCGCUGAUCAAACUCAUCUCAUCAGAUUGCUUAGCGCUCGAAGAGGAAGACGUAUGGCGAGCUGUGGUAAACUGGGCGAAAUUUCACGCAGGUGUGGUGCAACGGACGGCUCAUUGGACCGAAGAGGAACGGGCCAGGGUGUGCCAACAUUUGUCCGGAGUCAUCAAUCACGUCAGAUUAUUGUUGAUAGACUCGCAGGUAUUUGCCGAAGAAGUGGAACCGACUGGUGCCGUACCAAUAGAAAUGUCUCUGGAAAGGUAUCGUUAUGCAGCGUUACCGAACAAAUUCAAAGAGAUAUCGGACGACCACCGUCUGCAGCCUCGAGUCAUGCUCAAAUUUUUUUCAGGGUCUCAUAUUUUAAGUCAAGAUAAAACUCAUCUGCAACGCGUGUUAAAUCAAUGGUAUGGCAGUGUAAAACAGUGUUGGAGGUUGAUCUACAGAGCGUCUACCGAUGGGUUUUCCGCCGAAUCGUUUCAUAAACACUGUGAUGGCGUGUCGCCCACCUACGUUUUAGUAUUGGGCGUAAACGGUUGGCUGUGCGGAGGAUACAGUGACGUGCCGUGGGGUAAGAGUCACACCAAGGGUGCUUACAUGGUGUCCGACAAGAGCUUCCUAUUUUCGCUCAGCACCACUCACGAAACCCCACCGAUAAAAUACGAUAUUGUUAAAAAACCGUACGCUAUAUGCUACCAUCAAGAGAUAGGUCCUAUAUUCGGGGCCGGUGCUGACUUACUGAUCGCCAACAAUUGUAACGCGAACAUGGAUAGCUACAGCAACCUUCCGCACUCGUACGACGGCGAAAACGCAUCGACCAACUCGCUAAUGGGUGACUACAAUUUUACCGUGGCCGAUUAUGAAGUAUUCACACCCGUCUCAUCGUCGAAAUGAACAUACCUAUUUGCACGUUUUUAUCUAUUAGACAUUGACAAUAACUGUAUAAUAUAAGUGUAUUUAUACUGAACCAAAAGAGCUAACUGAUCAAAAAUAAAAAAUAAAUUAAAAAAAAAGUACGUCUCCAAAUGUAAAAACAUUGUAGUAUUAAACUAUCAUGGAGACACAUUUAUUAUUAUAUAAUAUUAUAACUACUUCAAAUAUUAUAUUGUAACUUAACAUAAUCAAAAUCCCAAUUAAGAAAUUAAAAAUUCCAUCCCAAUUAAGAAUCACCUGAAAAAAUUUCCAAUACACUUCAAGUCUCUCCACUAAAGUUUUCUCCACCAGUUCGAUGAUUUCUUUCCAUCCGACCUCAUUCCCCCUUUCUAUAAACGUUUGAAAAUAAAACGAUCAAUAGCCCGCGACAUAAUUAUAUAAUAUUACCUGUACAGUAUAGUUAUGAUUUACUAUAGUUUAACUAUGCAGCUCUUAAACGUAUACAAUAUAAUAUAUUGUAUUCAUAUAACUUGGAAGCAUAAUAUAUGAAAUUGAUAGAGUAGGCUAUAGCCGCCCCACGCAGAAUGUCUGGCAACAUUUUUAAAAGUUUUACACGCUUUGAACACUGUUCAAAUAUAUGUAAAGUUACUGAAAGUGCCUAUGUGUUAUGACAUAAAAUAUGAGGCAUAAAUACAACAAGUUUUACAAGAGAGUAUUUUUUUCAUAAUAUCUCUCUCACACGUCUCUCGUGGUGUGUAGUCGAUACAUACAGUCAUGACGUUUAUAGAAGCGUGUUAUUAUAGCCACGUUAUAAUCAUAUCAUAGGUGGCAUUAUAUACCCCUUAAUAGUAUAUAAGUAUAUUGAAAUUAUGAUUUCAGCUUGGUAAAAAAACGCUGAUCGUCCACCGAUGCGAACUGUAUGGUCGAGGUCAACAUUUUUUUGCCAUCGUGUACGCUAACAAACUCUGUGAAAUUGCGUUCGCAAACAUUGUUACGUUUUUGAGAGGGAUUUCUCGCCCGUCUUGGAGCCUUCAGACCGUAAGAUUGAACACUUAAAUCCGAACGCCUUAAGUGUGCACUAUAGACUUGCAAUCUCUGACAUGGGACGUGAACCCUCGUUUAAGUAUAUUCAAAUUAAAUAAUAAAUCACCUGUCAUCUUGUAUUUCUUUGAGUUUACACCGUAUAAUAUGACGACGAUGUCCAAACAAAUCAUUUCGGCAUGAGAUGAACAUAACGGAUAAUAUUAUCGUUAUUAUGUUUAAUUUAUUUUUACCGGAAUAAUAUAAUAAUAUAAUGUCGACAUGUCAUAGUGAUGUAUUGGAAAUAAUACGCGUGUAUUGCACUACUCAAAUCCCUAUUUUGAAUUUAUGCGUAUAUUAUACACUAUACAAUAACAAAAUGUGUAUAUCACAUUGUGUAUACGCUAAUUGAAGAAUCGCCAUUUCCAUAAUAACGUCUAAAAUUAAAUUUGUCUAAUUUUUUUUUCUUAAGAUUUACAAAUUCUAUGUUGUUAUCCCGCCGGCCUUGAAAGUGAAUAAUUAUACGGGUAUAUUAGAUUAUGAGUUAAAGAUAGAAGCAUAACUGUUAUUUUGGCUUAGAUAUUUUACUGUAAUCGUUUUUUUUUUUUUUUUUUUAACAAUUUAAAAAACUGAUUUUUGGUAUUAUUUUUAAUAUUAAUAUUUAAUAAUAUCGUACCUUAAUAAUAAUAAGUUAAGUUCUUAUUCAUAAUUAUUAUUAUUAAGAACUUAAUUUAUUUCUAUAUAGUGAUGGUUAAUAUACAUAGACUAGGCCAUAGGAGCCUAGGAGAGGUAGAAAGUAUAAACUCGCACUUAUAAUGUAGAUUUAGUUGGUGAAUUCAUUAAAUGUAAACAAAAAUGGA